AUAUAUGCGUAAAAAAAAAGUCACUACGCUUCUAUUAACGAGCAACAGAUGUCAUUGACGUAUCAAAAUGGCGGCAGCCCUUUCGCGCGCAUAUCCCUUUUGUCCGUCUUCGCCAUUUUAGCAUUCUGUUUUGUUCGUCCAGUCAAGAAGAGAUCCAACAGCACUCGCCUCACCUGUGAAACUUGAUUUGAAUUUGACCGUUAAAAAUUGAAUCUCAGUUAACACAAUAAAACUCUUCCAUGAUUAUUUUGUGACAAAAGCCGGGUUUAUUCUCAAUAACGAAUAAACAACAUCUUUUCGCUCUUUGAAUCAAGAUCGGGAUCAUGAGACCCGGAGGAUCCACGAAAGUCGCUGCAGUCCAAACGACCAUUUCAGAGGAGAAGGUGAGAAAAUCUUUGCAUCCUCUGCAACCAGCAGCAACUGACAAAGAAAAUUUAGUUGGUGCUGGUAGACAGCUUCGUUCUACUGGCACUGGUAAAGACGCAAUUAAGAAUGAGAUGUCGGCUAAGAUGGUUAAAGGAGAUGUCAAAAAGACUGUUGAUAAAGCAGUAGUUGCCAAAACUGAAACUUCCAAGAAAGUCAGCGAGAAACCAAAGACUGAGACUAAAAAGGUGCAAAAAGAAGGAAAGAAAGAUGGGAGGGUUUUCAAGGAUAGGGGUGUACAAACUGAACCAGCUGGAAAAGUAAAAGUAUCCAGAGAUGAUCUUACAUCAGAAGCAGGCCCCAGUGAAAAUUAUUGGGAAGUUUUGGCAGAGAGGAGGGGUGUUGCAUUACAUGAUGCAUUAGAAGAAAAUCGAAUAUUACAUGAACAACUUAAAGUCUACAAAGAAAUGUUGGAUGAAUCUAGAGCAUUGGUGGAAGUAUUACAGGAUAUGAUUGGCGAAGAUAGAAAUGAUAUUAAUAAUUCUCUAGAUGAUAGCAGACUUUAAAGUAGAUAUUUUUCAUCUUUUUUGUGUAUAUAAUUCAAAAAAACAGACUAGUACAAUACUUAAAAGUUUUUCUUACCGGUGUAAAGAAAGAUCAUGAUUACCAGAAACUGACUAACACAUUUUUGUGGUUUUAUAAACCUUAAGAUUACCGUGGUUUGUCCACCUUUGUUUUUCUUAGAGUAUCUUUUAAAGAUUCGCAUUUAUUUCUAUUCUAAAACACUCAAAUUAAGCACACGUUGGCGUGCUUUUACAUGAAUAAUUUUUUUCAUCCUGAUUCAUAUUUUAGUUGUAAUUAAUUACACGUGUUCAUUGUGAUAAUUUCCAGUUAACGUUUAUUGAGAAUAAAAAAAAAAUAAAUAAAUAAGUGUAGCGUAACUAUGUAUUUAACUAAUAUAAAACGUGAAAUAAAGGGUGUUUUGUAAAAAAAA